UUUUCCGCUCAUUCUCAACAGUGCCGACGUCAUACUCUUAGUAGUGACUGCUGAUACCAAGAUGGCGCUGCGGCCAGGAUCUGGGGGUGGCAGCAGCUUUAUGUAUCCUGUUGGUGGGGGCCUGGGACCACCACAAGGAAUGGUCCCAAUGCAGCAGCAGCAGCCGCAGCAACAGCAGGGAUUCCCAAUGGUUCCUGUCAUGCAGCCCAACAUGCAGGGAAUGAUGGGGAUGAACUUUGGGGGACAGAUGCCCCCAGGAGCCAUUCCAAUGCAGGGUGGAAUGGCAAUCGGGAUGCAGACCCCUGGGAUGCCAUUUUUAGGGCAACCACAGUUCAUGGGCAUGAGACCCCCUGGACCCCAGUACACAGCUGACAUGCAGAAACAGAUGGCUGAGGAGCACCAAAAACGUUUGGAGCAGCAGCAAAAGAUGUUGGAAGAGGACAGAAAAAGAAGGCAGUUUGAAGAGCAGAAACAAAAGCUGAGGCUGCUGAGCAGCGUCAAACCCAAGACAGGGGAGAAGAGUCGUGAUGACGCUUUGGAAGCGAUCAAAGGCAACUUGGAUGGAUUUAGCAGGGACGCUAAAAUGCAUCCGACUCCUUCAUCACAGAGCAAGAAACCAGACUCAUCGCCAUCACACCCGCCUGUCGCCACUCAUUCCCUCCCCCCAGAUUUCUCGGAGGAUAAUGACGAGUUUAGUGACUUUCAGGGGCCUUUAGACAACCCCUCCUCCUUCCCUCCGUCCUCCUCCUUCUCUUCCGCCUCCACCUUUGGCCUCUCCUCUCAGGUCCACACCCAGCCUUCAUCCUCCACCGCUACAGGUUUUGCUGAGGAUGACGAUGAGGAGUUUAGUGACUUUGUUCAGGGACCUGUAAACUCUUUCCCCCCCACCAGUUUGCACUUCACCUCUCCAGCCAAGGUUCAGCCUACAUUCUCUCCCUCACAACCCCUCCCUGCCUCUGUGUGCGUUCCCCCUGCCUCCCAACACUCUGCUGUCAUCACCAGUUCACAAUCUUCAUUUCAAGGCCCUUCGUUGGAAGAGAAGAUGUUCUCCUCGUGUGAUCUUACUGCUGAUAAAUCUGCCCACAUUAACUUUAAAUCAAAGCAAAGUUUGACUCAAAUGACUCCAAGAGCUAAGGUUUCGGCCCAGUUCUCGCCCAGCCCUAAGGCCAGGAACUGGACUGCUGUCACAGAGGACUUGAGCUCAGUCUUCAUCACAGAAAAAGUCCAAGAAGCCUCUGUUUCUUCCACCGACCACCAGCUUCCAUCAGCUGCAAGCCCAUCUCCUCAAAGCAGUUGUGACAGUGCAGGUGUUGCUGUGUACCCACAACAAGAGCACAUCCAGUCCAUUCUGCCUGCCUGGGUUUACAAUGACAGCCUCGUCCCAGAUAUGUUUAAAAAGGUUUUUGAACUGACGAUGACUCCGGCAGGAAUAGACACAGCAAAGCUCUACCCAAUAAUGAUGUCAUCAGGCCUUCCCAGGGAAGCCCUCGGGCAAAUUUGGGCAUCGGCCAAUCGCACAACUCCCGGCAUGCUGACCAAGGAGGAGCUCUAUACUGUACUUGCGCUUAUUGGUGUGGCACAGACUGGCCUCCCAGUAUUGAAUGUGGAAAUCCUCAGUCAGUUUCCGUCUCCACCUGUGCCCAACCUGCCCGCCCUGGCUAUGGCCAUGGCCCGGGUCAUCCCCCAGCAUCAGCAGCCCAUGAUGACUCAGCCGCCGGUCUCCAUGUCCAUGGCCACACCAGCAGCACCGGUCAUGGCUAUGGCGCCCUCUGCACCUGCUCAGCCGCCCACAAACCCAAAUUUCAUUGCCACUUUCCCACCAGCCCCAGCAGCACAGGGGACAAAAGCAGAGGAUGAUGAAUUCCAGGACUUCCAAGAGGCUCCGAAGGUCGGAGCAGGUGACCAGGCCUUCACUGAUUUCCAGGGUGAGUCAGGAGGAAGUUUUCCCACCGCUGCUGCACAUCAACAUCAAAACAGCACACCUGCCAUGUUGACUCCAGUGUCUGGUUCGUCCUCCUCCUCUGUCACUUCCUCUGAUAAGUACGCCGUGUUCAAGCAGCUAUCUGUGGAUCCGCCUGCAGAGCCCACCCCCCCUAUCUCAGAUGCCGGGGACAAGUACAGCGUAUUCAGACAACUAGAGCCGCCUUCUGAAAAGAAAACAGUCGCAGAAGGAUUUGCAGAUUUCAAGUCUGUCGGUUCAGAUGAUGGCUUCACAGACUUUAAAACCGCCGACAGCGUCUCUCCACUAGAGCCGCCCGAUCAGACGAAGAUCUUUCAGCCUGCCUUCCCCUCUGCUUUUCCAAACUCUCAGACUUUACAGCAACUUCCGCAGCAGCAACAACCAGGAGCGUCUCUUUCCCAGCCCAAAAAUCCUCUCAACAUGGCCGACCUGGACCUGUUUUCCUCUGUGGCUCCUUCCGCUCCUACCUCCUCUGACAAAAAACUUAGCACAUUCCCACCUGCACCUGUCGCUCCGUCAUUAAGCCUCCUUCCUGGGGGAGCCAAACCCUCCGGCGGAGGUGCCGACGAUUUUGGUGACUUUGCUCUCUUUGGUACCUCCUCUGACCCGGCUCAAACUUCAGGAGGGGCAGCAGCAGCUCCUCAGGAUGACUUUGCAGAUUUCAUGGCUUUCGGAAGCUCUGGCGGAGAGCCGAAAGGUGAGAGCGGCACAGUGGUCCGAGGGGACUCCUCCGCAAAGCAACCUCAGCAGAGUUCAGACAAGUAUGACGUGUUCAAGCAGCUGUCGCUGGAAGGAGGCCUCUCUUACGACGACACCAAGGAGAGCGGCGGUGGAUCCUUCUCCUCACUCAAGAGCGACACAGACGACUUUGCCGACUUUCAGUCAUCAAAGUUCUGCACCGCCCUCGGCGCCUCCGAGAAAACUCUGGUGGACAAGGUGGCCGCUUUCAAACAUGGUAAGGAGGACUCUGCGUCCGUCAAGUCCCUCGACCUACCGUCCAUCGGCGGGAGCAGCGUGGGGAAGGACGACUCAGAGGACGCGCUCUCAGUGCAGCUGGACAUGAAGCUGUCGGACAUAGGCGGAGACCUGAAGCACGUGAUGUCAGACAGCUCCCUGGAUUUGCCGGGCCUCUCUGCCCACCAGCCCCCCGCCACAGACAGAGACAACGGGAAAUUUGACCCAUUUGGGACAUCUGCCCUCAGCACUUUGUCCAGCUACGACUGGUCUGAUCGAGAUGAAGGUCUGUUCAGUGAGCUGAGAAAGCCCCAGGGCAUGGAAGGGGCUUCUCUAUCAUCUUUAGCAUUGUCACAAAAGAAUGAACUCAGCUUCGGCAGCACUGACACCAUCCCUGGCAGCAGCGCUCUAGGAAAAAUCACCACUUCUUCAACUGUAGAGAAUGGAUCCUCAGGAGGCGACAAGUUCGAGGCCUUCGCCAACUUCGGCUCUGGUGUCCAGACUGCUGACAACGAAGAUGAUGACUUUGGAGACUUUGCCAGUACAGUUUCUGAAAAAUCGGACUCACCCGCUGUCACUGCUGAGGCCAACUCAGAGGGAAACCAAAGCGAGACCUCUGAAGAAUUUGGCAUCUUUCAAGGCGACAAGCCGAAAUUUGGCAAGUUUGACUUCUUAAAAGCCAGCACUCAAGCCAACGUGAAAUCCAGUGAGGAGAUGAUCAAGAAUGAGCUCGCAACCUUUGACUUAUCUGUCCAAGGCUCUCACAAACGUAGUCACAGUCUAGGAGAGAAGGAGAUUGGGCGAUCGCCUCCGUCUCCAGCUCCGGAGCAGCCUUUCAGAGAUCGUUCCAACACGCUGAGCGAGAAGCCCAUUCUGCCUGUAAUUAGGGACAAGUACAAAGACCUGACUGGAGAGGUGGAGGAAAGCGAGCGGUACGCAUACGAGUGGCAAAGGUGUCUGGAAAGUGCUCUGGAGGUCAUCACCAAGGCCAACAACACGCUGAACGGCAUCAGCAGCUCGUCCGUCUGCACUGAGGUCAUCCAGUCUGCCCAGGGCAUGGAGUACCUGCUGGGUGUGGUGGAGGUGUAUCGAGUGAGCAGACGAGUGGAGCUGGGCAUCAAGGCGACCGCAGUGUGCUCAGAGAAGCUGCAGCAGCUGCUGAAGGACAUCAGCAGAGUGUGGAACAACCUAAUUGGCUUCAUGUCGCUGGCUAAACUUGUACCAGAUGAAAGCUCCCUGGAUUUCUCCUCCUGUAUUCUGAGGCCCGGCAUCAAGAACGCCAAGGAGCUUGCUUGUGGAGUGUGUCUGUUGAACGUCGACGCUCGUAGCAAGAACAAAGAGGGAAGCGCUAUUGGACGUCUGUUAAAACGAGCUUUCAACUCUGAGACGGACAACUUCAAGCUGCUGUACGGGGGCCACCAGUACCACGCCAGCUGUGCCAAUUUCUGGAUCAACUGCGUGGAGCCGAAACCUCCGGGCCUCAUCCUGCCUGACCUGCUCUGAGCUGCCAUGGAAACAGGGCAGGAAAUAAUUAAGUUAAAAUAGGAGGAGCGGCCGGUCACGUCACGCUGAGAACGUCAAGAGUCACUGGAUUCUGCUGGAUUCUUUUUAUUUUUUUCUUAGUUUAUUUUAGAUUUUUAUCGUUUCCAGGGUUACCUUUUUUUUUUUUUUUACCCUUUUCUUAUCCAAGCAAAUCAUUUGGAGGAGGUUGUAUUUAGAUCUGUGUCUGAUGCUGCUUUCUUUUACCUGAUUGUGUCUGCAGAUGAAGGUAACAUGAAAAAUACUGUCGUAUUUUAUUAAUUAGCUGUGCAAUAUGAUUAAAACACUGGCAAAACAGAUGUGUAAACAUCUGCAACUUUUAAUUUUCCUUUUUUUCUUCCCCCUUUUUUGAUUUUAUGCACAACUCCUCAUCAUACCAACUCUUUUACUUGUGUUGCAUUAUCCUUUAAUGCAGGUUUUUGAAAUAAUUCACAUUUUCUAAAACCUGCAUUCCCGCUGUACUGCAAGGUGUUUGUCUCUCUUUUAUGCUCUGUGUUGAAUGUCCUUGUUAAAUGAAAUCUUUGGCACCUUUCGGGUAUUUAAAUAGUAUUUUAUAAAUAUUUAAUAGCAUGGGAGUGAACGUAAUGGGUCUCGAAGGAGGUAGCGUUUCGGUGUGGAUAUUUGAACGUCAUGAAGGAACUAAUUGUGUGAAGUUGGACCAGCUGAUUUGUCUGUAUAUCAUGACGCCAUGUUAAGGAUUGUAUUUAUCUCUUGAGUAUAAUGUGAAUAAAUGAGAGUGCUUGA